GAGAGGCGCGGAGCGGGCACUUCCCCCGCCCCGCCAGCGGCAGCGGCUCCUGCGGGGCGCUUUUCCGGGCCGAGGGGGGCCGCGCUGCGGAGGGGGGGGCGCGUUGUUUUUUGGGGGGGACCGGUAUCGUCUUCCCCCCCCCUUCCUCUCCCCCCCUCCUCCGCGGAGAACCUGGAGGCAGCAGCGGCGGCGCUACCGGAGGGGCCCCGGCGCCCCCCCCGCCCCCCCCCCCCCCCGUGCUCGUGGCUUCGUUCCUGGAGGAGAGUUUCGCUUUUUUUUUUUUUUUUUUUUUUUUAACUGCCAAUCUGCGUGUUGAUUUUUUUUAAACAAACAAACAAACAAAUCCGCGCACACGAGCCUGCCUCUGGGAGGGAAAUAGCCAGGUGAAAUCUCACUCGGUUUCCAUGGACAACCCGUCCAUUAUCACCCAGGUGACUAACCCCAAAGAGGAGGAGAUCCUGUCCUGCACUCAGGAUAAAGUGUCCCAAUGUAAUAUCAGCUUGAAGAAGCAGAGGAGUCGAAGUAUCUUUAGCACCUUAUUCUGCUGCUUUCGUGACUACAAUGUCGAACCACCAUCUACUAAUAGCACCAGUGCUCUUCCUCCUUUGGUGGAGGAGAAUGGAGGACUUCAGAAGGGUGACCAGAUGCAGGUCAUGCCUAUACCAAGUCCACCAGCUAAAUACCUCCUGCCAGAACUGACAGCAUCAGACUAUGGGAAGAAGUGUGUGGUCAUUGAUUUAGAUGAAACUUUAGUGCACAGUUCGUUUAAGCCAAUUAGCAAUGCUGAUUUCAUCGUUCCUGUAGAAAUUGAUGGAACCAUACAUCAGGUUUAUGUGUUGAAACGACCACAUGUGGAUGAAUUUCUGCAAAGGAUGGGAGAACUCUUUGAAUGUGUGCUCUUCACAGCCAGUCUAGCCAAGUAUGCAGACCCAGUAGCAGACUUACUGGAUCGUUGGGGUGUGUUCAGGGCAAGGCUCUUUAGAGAAUCCUGCGUUUUCCACCGAGGAAAUUAUGUGAAGGAUCUGAGUCGACUGGGACGCGAGCUGAGUAAAGUUAUUAUAGUAGAUAACUCUCCUGCAUCUUACAUCUUCCAUCCUGAAAAUGCAGUGCCUGUGCAGUCCUGGUUUGAUGACAUGACAGACACGGAGCUGCUAGAUCUUAUUCCUUUCUUUGAAGGACUAAGCAAAGAGGAAGAAGUUUACAGUAUGCUUCAUAAACUCUGCAACAGGUAGCCCUUAUCUUUGAACUGACUUCUGCUACUAGGUUGCAGUUGCUAGAGGCUGUGUCCAUCUUUUUCAGCUCUUUCAAGCGUAAGCUUUGGGGAGGUCACGCCUAUCAGAAGUGCUACUCUUGAUCUUCCUGUUACAUUGUACACGAAGGACAAUCAUGAGUGAUGCUAUUAAUAAGCCUUCAGAAGCCUGACUCCUAAGGUCAUGUGUUCAGACUACUUUUUUUAAGGAAAAAAAAAAAGCUAUUUUAAAUGGGACUCUUUUAAUGAAUUUCAUAAAUGGACACCUUUUACUGGAUCAGCUUUUCUUAGAACAUGCCAAAAAAGAAGCUUGUAUUUCAGCAGUUAAUUUCUCUCCCUUUCUUCCCCUCCCACUAUGCAGACAAUUUUACCCCCCUGCUUAGAGCAGUUGACCUGACUCUGAAUUUUUUCUUACAGAAUGAAGUGCCUUUUUGAAUGUUAUUUUAAGAUAAAAAUUCAUUUUUGUAUAAGACGUAUUUCCAGACAUCUUUUAGUCUUGUAUUGUCUAAAUGCUUUAAAAGGAAAAAGGAAAAAUUUUAUAGAGCACUGUAAUAUAUAACAAAGGAAAAAAGUUGAAACAAAGAUGCUGGGUUCUUGUCUCCACAUUAACAUUAAGUUGUAUUACAUUCUGUCCUGCUCAGAAGAUUUAAGAGUUUGCGGGAGGGGUGAUUUGCAUUACUUGUUCGUUUCAUUGAUCGGGUUUUGGACAUAGCUUUGAACAUACGUGCAGUUGUUUGAGUAUUAGGGAAUGAUGGAAUUGAGAAAACAGGGUGGCAAAUAGAUCUAAAGCACCUUUUAUUGUAGACAGAUGAAGUUCUAUUCUCUCUGCUUACGCACAACUGCCAUGCCUCUCGUUAUUUGGAAAGUGGUUAUCUUGGGAGAAGGGGGAGGAAAUCUAUUUAUUAGUUUAAAAUUCUUUUCUUACAAAAAAAAACCAUCUGGGUAAGCUGGAUCUGUAUUGAGCUGUUUUGAGUACUUUUUUUCUUUUAAUUGCUGCUACUGUAUACUCACCAAAUGGUAUCAGACCAUCGGCUGUUAUACUGUUUUUUGCCACUGUGCCUGUGCUAUGAAACAUUUUCUGUAAGCUGCAAACUUGGGCAAUAAAUAAAAUGCAGGCUUCAUUACCCGCCCUUAUAUUUUAAUCCGAUGGUAUCUGAUAUACUAGAGAACUCAGUUAAAGGUGACCUGCAAAGGAUGUUUUUUUUUUUGUUACUCUCUUUUUUUUUUUUUCAGAAAUUGGGAAAUUUCUUUUGUAUGUAAAAAUGCAAAUUUUUUUUUCUGUUCUCUGUUUUUUUUGUUUUUUUUUUUUUUUUUUUUUUUCCUUAAGGCAGACUGGGAGCUGUAUCAACUCUUGCUAAAAGGGCAGGAAUUUUCUCAAGAGUGAUCGUCUAGUAUUGGAGUUAAAUAGAUGUCUCUGAUUCAGAGAGGUUAAAAACUCUAACUGAAACCUAUGCCGAGUCUGCCUAGCAUUUACUCUUUUGCGGUGCCAUUGGUACCCUAGUGUAACUUUUAACUUUUUUAAGCAUUUUGAAGAAGGCACACAUUCCUUUUUUCUUUCCUUUCCAGUGUCACCUUUUAAUUACUUUCUCGCACUAGAAGUCUACAAAUGUAAAAAUUACAGCUAUGUUUGGCUAUCAUCAAAGAAAAUUAAAUGGCAUAAUCAGGGCUUCUAAUUGGCCUGCUAAAUUCUGAAUAGCCAAUCCCCUUUGCAUUUUUUUUUCUUGAAAAAGUCUCAAUGACUUGGGGGACAAAAAAAAAAACACUCAAUUUGUGAUGAAAUUAGGGUGUAACCCUUGUCUAAAGCAUCGAUGAAGCAGCUUAACAAAUUCCUUCUUAGGAGGGCAGGCCAGCCUAUGCAGGCAGCGAGUAGGUUGUCGUAGGUGCAGUAUAAAUUGGAAAGAUGACUUGCCCCCCUUGCAGGGCGCCUUUGCACCAAGUGCUUGCUGGGUCUCGUGGUGAGGAGGGUGUUGCAGGCAGUUCCAUGACACUCAUGAGUCUGUACAGCAUCGCCAUUGUAUUUUCUUACCAGUCGGCAUUACCUUAGUACUGUAUAUUUCUGUGCCGCAACAGAAGAUAGAACUGAGAAAUAAUAAUAAUAAUAAUAAUAAACCCUACAUUGUUUAAAAAAAAAAAAAAAAAAAAGACAUGGAUUCUGGUUAGUCCAUCAACCUUUAGGUUCAGUUUAAGAUUCUGCGAUUUUGUUUUUGUUCAGAGUAAUGAAACUAUAAGCUGCCAAAAAGUUGUUCUCUGAGCAGUAUUUUCAACUGUAUUUGUCGCUUCUACUUCAAAUACAGUUUGCAGGGAAGUAUUCAGGUCGUAGUUAGUUGUGCAGGUAUGAUAGGAAUGGCUGAAGAAAAUUCAAAGAUUUUUCUCACUAGCAUUAGACCAAACAAUAUUUCAAUUAGACAAUAAAUAACCCCAUUGAGACGUUACCAUUUCACGGUUGUGACCUGUUGUACGUGAGACAAACCAUGUCAUUAGUUUGCAUUUAUGAAAGCAGUGAUUUCAUGAACCAGUUGCCUUAAGUCUGUGAAUGAAUGUUGAUUAUUAAAGUGUCUUGUAUUGUUUUAAAAUCCACAUAUAAUGGACAACUGAACUUCCAUUCCAACAUCUGGAAGAAUUGUUUUGGUGACACUCUGUACAACCAUACUUGUUCUGUAUUGUUUGUUUGGCUUUUGAAAUAACUGAGAAAAGCAUUAAAAUGACAUUUGGUGAUAACACAGAGGGGUCAGUCUUAACAACAGUUUUGAUUUGUGCUAAGAUUUUAAGAGUAUUUUCUAUAGUUUCUGUUGUAGUUUUCUAAUCAUGGUAAUUCUUGCUGCAGAAUGAAGGCACUAUUUUUUCUUCUUUUUUUUUCCUUUUCUUUUCUUUUCUCUUUUUUUUCCCUCCAAACCACCUGAUUCCCUUUGACAUAAAACUGGGAGCAUUCUUCUAAAAUCAAGUUUUGGCUUUCCUUAGUAUCCCUAAUUUCAACAGGGGAUCAAACUAGCAAACUAUGUUUACUUUGGCUCUAUUUGUCAUACCUAAAAUUUCAAGUUUUAAGCUUGCUUGGUUAUAUAUACACUAUAUAUUUAAAAUAUCUAGAUUUUAACAAAGCAAUAUAGUUCUAACAAUAAAGCCAGAUAAAUGAGCAGAAUGUUUGUAAAAUUUACAAUACGGGUAUUUGAUUGUAUGUUAAAUACAAGAUUUUGAAAAUCAAAAAAGGAAAAAAUAUUAUUUCCUAGAUCUCUUGCAUAUUUUAAAGUGCAGUUAAUGCAUGCAGGUCACCAAGGCUGUUAUAAACCUUGGUUUUCAGAUAUAUUUCUGGAUAUUAUCAUAGAAGUGUUAAGAAGUCUUUCCCAGUUGAUCAUUCUAUUCAGCUAAAGAAAUGCUGCCUGACCUGAAGUUCUGUUGUCCGUUUUAUGUCGGGUUAAAAAAGGUUUUUUGCCUGUAUAGGUAUUUUUUAAAUUAAGCUGUAAGGCAGAAUGCCUUAGAUUCUUGAAAUUCAACUGAAGUAUUAUGAUUAAAUUGCCAUUUGUAAACUAGGGCUGUGCGCAAAACACUUGUUAAACACCAGGAAGUGUGGCAAGUUUUGAAUGGAAGAUCUUAGCAAAUGUACAAUAUUGCUGUGUUCCUCUAGAUAGCUUUGGAAGAAUAAUCUUUCUGUUGUUUUGCCCUUUGAUCUUUUUUAAACAGCAAAGAUAUACAUCGAAGAAACUCAACAUCUGAAGAGGUUUGGUUAUCGGUGUGUGCAAUCACUUUAUCACAGCAUGAUUUUGAUUAGAGUGGUUGGGGACAAUAAAGUAUCUGAAUGACACUGGUGUGUACUGAUGUUGCAGCUUUUGAAAUUUCAAUGUAAAAAAAAAAUUGUAGCUAUGUGAUUUACGAACACAUAAUCCUAUGUUUUACGGAUUCUUUUUACUAAUAAAACAUAGUACCGCACAGCCCUAUUUGUAAAACA